AUGACCCACACAAAGGGAAAGAGGAGAGGUACUCGCUGUAUGUUCUCUCGGCCUUUCAGAAAACACGGAGUUGUCCCUUUGGCAACGUACAUGCGAAUCUACAAGAAAGGUGAUAUUGCGGACAUCCAGGGAAUGGGCGCUGCUCACCAAGGAACGCCCCACAAAUGUUCCCAUGGCGAAACUGGAAGAGUCUCCGACGUCACCCAGCAUGCUGUUGGCAUUGCCGUAAAGAAACAAGUUGAGGGCAAGAGUCUUGCUAAGAGAAUUAAUGCACGUGCUGAGCCCGUCAAGCACUCAAAGAGCCGAGACAGCUUCCUGAAGCGUGUGAAGGAAAGCGAUCAGAGAAAGAAGGAAGCCAAGGAGAAAGAUACUUGGGUGCACCAGAAGCGCCAGCCGGCCCCACCCAGCGAAGCACACUUCGUGAGAGCCGAAGGAGAGGAGCCUGAGCUGCUGGAACCCAUGCCCUAUGAAUUCACGCAGCUGAAGUCCGUCUGGGGCAAGUACGCUGAGAGCCCAGGGCCAAAGCGGGACCAGGCUCUGGGAGAGGAUACGGUGCGAGCUAAGUCCCUGCAGAGGGAGGACAGGGCAGGAAGAGCUCCUGAAGGAGUCGUCAAACAGCUGACUCAGGAUGAAAGUCUACAAGAACAAAAGCUCCCUGCAAAUAAAUUGCACAUAAUCUGA